AUGCUAGGCAGGGCAGCAGCUCAAACUGAUCUGGCUACCCUCCAAACUGUACAGUACGUAUACGCAGGGGAUCAAUCCGCCACGAUCAUUGGCAUUCCGGCAUCCUUCGGCUCCUUCGCCAUUCUUUUAGUCCUGAUUCGUGUAUUCGGGCGUCUCUGGAUUACCAAGGUCGACUUGGACUGGGAUAACUACUUGAUUGUCCUCGCAGUGAUAUCUGCCUCGGUACUCAAUUUUAUCUGCUAUCCCAUGGCUCAUCUUGGGAUGGGAAAGGAUUUUGGGACGAUCCCGUUCCCCGACAUCGAUAUGACACUCAAGCUGCUUUACGUUGCCGAAAUCUUCUACAUGUUUGCCGAGAUGUUAGUACAAAUGUCCCUUUUGGCAUUUUACAUCCGCGUCUUCCGAGAGGCUUCCCUCUUCGUGAGACGAUCGUCUUGGACUUUGACCGCCAUCGUAGCGUGCUUCGGGAUCGCAAACACCUGUACAAUGAUCUUUCAGUGUACCCCAAUCCCCUUCUUCUGGUCUGGUUGGGCUGGUGAGAUGACUGGCAAAUGCAUCGAAAUCAACCUCUUCUCUUGGAUCCGUGCCGCCAUCGAAAUCGCAAUCGACGUCGCUAUUCUUUCAUUACCUCUCCCUAGUGUCGUCAAGUUGCAGAUGAGCUGGAAGAAGAAGGCUCAGGUCCUUCUGAUGUUUGCCCUUGGCUUUGUCAUCACCGUUGUCAGCAUCCUGCGUCUACAAUCCCUCAUCCAGUUUGCUAAGACAUCCAAUCCCACUUAUGACAAUUCGCCGGCCAUUUACUGGAGUGUCCUCGAAUGUGAUAUGUUCAUCAUCUGCGCCUGCUUACCCGCUUUACGAUCGGUUCUCUCCAAACUCGCCCCCAGGUUCUUUGGCACGACUCGCAAGAGGAGUUAUCCAUCUGGAGAUUACUAUAGACAUGAGGGCUCAAACCAGGACUCUGAGCGUCAGGUAUCCUCGCAUCACCUGAGAAGUCUAGAUAGUUCGGGGAAGAUUACGAAAAGCGUUGACGUAGAUGUCACGCAGGAACAAAGAACGGCAUCCGAUGAGGAUCUGGUCUACCCACCACGAUCAUACUACUUAUCCGAUAGCUAA